AUGAGCCAGGGGAGCGCAAACCCGGCCGCGGUGCCACACGCUGCUGAGGACAUCCAGGGGGAUGACAGGUGGAUGUCACAGCACAAUCGGUUUGUCCUGGACUGCAAAGACAAGGAGCCCGACGUGCUCUUCGUGGGGGACUCGAUGGUGCAGCUCCUGCAGCAGAACGAGAUCUGGAGGGAGCUCUUCUCGCCGCUUCACGCCUUGAAUUUUGGGAUUGGUGGAGACACCACAGGACACGUCCUAUGGAGACUGAAGAAUGGUGAACUGGAGAACAUUAAACCCAAGGUCAUUGUUGUUUGGGUUGGAACAAAUAAUCAUGAGAACACGGCAGAAGAAGUCGCCGGUGGAAUCGAGGCCAUCGUGCGCCUGAUCAACACCCAGCAGCCACAGGCCAAAGUCAUUGUGCUGGGCCUGCUACCUCGUGGAGAGAAGCCAAACCCCCUGAGGCAGAAGAAUGCCCAGGUGAACCACCUGCUGAAGGCCUCGCUGCCCAAGCUGCCCAAUGUCCAGCUGCUGGACGUGGACGCCGGGUUCGUGCACUCGGACGGCACCAUCUCCUACCACGACAUGUUUGAUUUCCUGCACCUGACGGGAGGGGGGUACGCAAAGAUCUGCAAACCCCUCCAUGAACUCAUCAUGCAGCUGCUGGAGGAGACCCCUGAGGAGAAACGAGCUGCCCUGGCCUGAGCAGCUGAUGUCAGCAGUCACAACGUCACCCAGCCCAUCAGAUCCGUUCUGUCACUGGCACUACAGAAUCCUUCUUUCUUAAAGCACUUUCCAUUGUAGAAUGUUCCCGGAUGUUCAUCCCUAGUGUUUUGAGAGGGAAGGCUCAUCUUCAACUGGUCUUGUACCUACGAGGGCCGGCUUGCUUGGUUUUAUUGCAGGAGGAUACUAGCUGAAGAAGAGUUUUACUUUUAAACCAUUCCUCAUUUAAAGUGAGAACAGGACUGUCACUCUGUGCCCCUCUCGUGUCUUGUUGCUCUGUGGUUGUCCUAGAAGCCCUGUAGCCCAUCUCAAGGGCACGUGCACAGCUCUGGCCACGCUCCAGCCGUAGGGAUCGCGCUCUCUGUAGUAGCCUCUGAACAAGAAUCACAUU